UAUAUUUUUACUAGUGGUUGCAGGACACUGUAGUUAAUUUAUAUAAGUGAGGAUAGCAAAAUAAAGUAAACUGUGACAUAUUAUACCUAAAGAUUCUUCAUACAGUGGACUACCAGUAAAACUGAUACAAAUUUGGAACCAAAAAUUAUUCAGACACUUUGACCUGACCAUGUUUUACUUAAGUGUUAAUAUAUAUAUAUACACACACACACACACACACACACAAUGUUAGAUGUGACUAAUUCGAUUUGACAACACUAAAAUGAAAACUAAGUAAAACUGAUUCCUUCAGGAUUAUACAACAGAAGCAUCAGGAGGUCUUCAUUUCUCAUUUUUAGUGUUUUUUCCCCAUCUUUUAUAGCCCUGUUUCACAAAUGAGAACUGUAGUAAUUUACAGAAUGUAAAGGAAACCCAUAAUCUCCCUCCACCUUGAGUAUUCAGAUGCUCAUUAUUUUAUUGACGGAUGAUAAUUCGCUGUCCUCCACCCAGUUUCUUAUCUGCACAUUCUUCUCAUUUGAACUUCACUAACUGGACACUUAAACCAAGGCCAAUCUGCUGAGGUGCUACUGAUAAGGCAAUGAAUAAUCGGAGGAUGUGGCUGAAAACAUGUGGCCCCUCCCUGGACUGCUUCCCUUCUGGGUGAGGUUAGUAUGUGAAGACUAACCUGGAGUUGACACAUUCGACGGUUAGGCUGAGAAAAGAGUGGAAAAGUCAAUAAUUAAGCAGGUGAGAAGGAUAAAUUAUAUUCUUGCUGGAAAUGAGAGAGCUGUUGACAACAUUUUGAAGGCUGACGCAUAUAAAUCAAGGUGUAACAAUAUAAUAGACAUUUGAGGAUCAUUAUGGUGACCCUGAACACUCAAUCUCUGACUGUGCCGGUCGGAAUAAUCCGGCUAUUUGAAUUUGUGCUGACGCUCAUCACCUUCAGCCUGGUGGCUUCUGUGGGCCACAUCGGCUCAGCUUCAUUUUGGGCCUGGUGCAUGUUCACCUGGUGCUUCUGCUGUUUCAUGACCCUCCUCAUCAUCAUCCUGGAGCUCACCAGCCUAAACACCAAGGUGCCCAUUUCUUGGGAUGACUUCACUACGGCUUUUGCGAUGCUCUCCACACUUAUGCUGUUGGCCGCUUCGGUCAUCUACCCCACGAUCUUCGUAUGCUCCUCAUGUUCAAUCGGGAUUGCAGCCACAGUGAUCUCCUGCGUGUGCUUCUGCCUGUACGCAGCGGAGGUGGGUCUGACCCGAGCCAAACCCGGGGAGAUCAGCGGGUUCCUGUCCACUGUGCCAGGCUUACUGAAGGUUCUGGAGGCGUUCGUGGCCUGCAUCAUCUUCAUCUGUCUGGAUUCGGUUCCCUACAGCCAGAAGCCUGGGCUUCAGUGGUGCGUGGCCGUCUACUCAAUCUGCUUCAUCGUCGCUCUUCUCAUCAUCAUCCUGACAAUUGGACGCUUGCUGGCUCGAUGCCCCUUCCCGUUGGACAAAUGUAUGACGGGGUACAACAUACUGGCGAUUCUAAUGUACAUCACGGCUAUGGUGAUAUGGCCAAUCUACAGUUUUGAUAAACAUCAAAGACCACAAAACUGCAAACAUUGUCCCUGGGACAGCCUGGUUGUUGUGUCCUGCAUGACUUGCAUCAAUCUGAUUGUCUACAUUGUGGAUGCGGUUUACUCGGUGCGUCUGGUGUUCUUCGUUUCACCUGCCUAGGGAAACUACAAUGGUUGUAUGUAAUUGUAAUUGUGAAAUCUGUUCAUGUAAACGUAACCAGAUUGUGGAUGAGAAGUACAGUUAUUAUACAGGCAGUUUUAAGUAUGCAUAUACUUAUUUCUGUUAUCAUAUUAUAAGAAUAUAUAGCAAACUGACUGACAGUUUAUUGAUAUUAAUGCAUUUUGGGGGAACAAUGGUGAAAUAAUUGGGAAUUAGGGAUUAUCUGUAAUCUGAUUAAUGUAUAGACUGCUAUCAGUAAACUAACAAGAUGUAGCAUUUUUAUAGGACAAUACAAACAUAUAAUGUGUGAUAUAUUUAUAUAAUCGAUUAAUUAUGAUUAAUCGCAUCUAACAUAAAAGUUUGUAAAUAAUAUGUGUGUAAACACACACACACA